AUGAUCAAUGCCCGUCGCUUCAAAAAUGAAAUUGACUUGCCUUCCAGGCCCCCGGACUUGCUGGAGUCUUCCUCGCCUCAUGAGAUUCACCCAUAUUCGACUCUUCCAUCAGCGGAACCAACAUAUGCCACGGCGAUCUAUCCGUACUUCAACUUGCAGGACCCAUCAACCACCCUGCUGCUGUCUUCUGUUCGAGAUCACCCCAUUCGAUUGUCGUCUGCUCUCGCUCCAUCGCUUGUAGCAAGCUAUUCACUCGUGAAUCCAACCACAGAAGCCUUCAUCACCCCCCACUCCAUUAUCUACCCCAAAACACUUGGCGGAACCCACUUCCUCACGGGUUCGGAUUCUCUCAUCUGCCUCUUCGAUGUCUCGCGAGCCGGUAGUAGCGGGCCUGUAUCCUGGAUGCCAACCAUUCCGAGUAAAAGGAAGCAGAUGGUCGGUGGAGGCGUCGGUAUGAAAGGUAUCGUGUCGGCCAUGGCCAGCAAUCCGCUUGGUGAUGGGAUCCUGGCCGCUGGGACAUUUACGCGACACGUGGGGUUGUAUAGUUCGAAUGGUGCCGGAGAAAGCCUUGGUACGUUCAACAUUGCAAAGACCGAGGCAAACCGUGAUAUCGGCGGCAAGGGAGUCACCCAGUUAUUAUGGAGCCCGUGUGGAAGGUAUCUUUAUAUUGCGGAGCGCAAGAGUGAUGGUGUUCUUGUGUAUGACAUCCGGGUGACGGGUCAGAUGCUGGGAUAUCUCCGUGGUCGGAAGGCGUUCACGAAUCAGCGCAUGAAGAUUGAUCUUGUUCCAUCAGGGAAUGAUGGCUCCCAUGAGAUCUGGGCGGGAGGUACUGAUGGCUUUAUGAGGGUUUGGAGAGAUCCGACGUAUUCUGUUGGCUGUCAAGACCCGGGUGCGGAGUUUCAGAUACAUGAUGAUGCUGUUACAGGCGCUGUCUUUCACCCGAUGGGGACUGUGGUGGCCAGCUGCUCUGGUCAGCGUCGUCGACAAACACCUGAUGAUUCCGACGACGACAACCCACCCAAGAAUGAAACCCCCGGGGAAAACAUCCUCAAGGUUUGGUCGAUGCCAUUUCUAGCAGACGACCCAGAGCAGACUUCCAAACAAGAGCAAGACUCAUGA